GUCUCCUCCAAGAGAUAGCGGACGAUCGGGACAGUGGUAGCAGCAGCGGCAGCCGCAGUGGUCUCAGCAGCAGCAGCAGCAGCAGCUGCAGCAGUAGGAGAGCAGGGAGACCGCGCAGUCAGACUAGACAGCACGACGAGAGGAAGACGGUACACGGGACGACGACGACGACCAGCAGUCAGUCAGUCAGUCAGUCAGUCGGUCGGUCGGUCGGUCGGUGCGGUGAUCGCAGUCGGUUACUCUACUGUCUCGGUAAGCGACGAGAGAAUACAGCCAGAGCACGAGUGGCCGGAGACAGAGGCAAAGGUGCUGGAGCGCUGAGGCGCUGGAGUGGUGGUGUGGACUGUGGAGAAGAGCUAAUCCGCGAUCCGGCGACGAACCGGCUUGCUUGUCUGCCUACCUGCCGAUCUGAAGCGGAUCGCUGAGCCAGCGAAAUGGGUCGGCGGCCUAGUUUUGUCCGUUCGUAAUUUGAUGUUGUCGUAUACAUGUGUGUGCAGAGGCGAGCGAUCGAACGACGGGCCUGCAGGGACGACGUUAACGAGGAAAACGAUACGCCAUUCUGGUUAGAACUAGUAUGAUAGCGGUGCAGAGGUAAUGACAGCGCUGGUACGCGUUUUCAUAUAGUUUAACGUAAGGAUCCCUGCCACCGAUUCUCAAGAUCGUUUGUCUGGUCCACGGUAGCCAACAGAAACAUUAGCUGGAUUCCGACGAUAGCAGCUGUAAAAGUUUUGGCAUUGAGGCCCCGGUGCAGGAUCAGGAAUCGUAGAAUCAAACCCUAAAGGAAAACUAGUAAGUGAGACGAAGCAAGUGCUGACGCAGUGAUUUUUCCGUCUCUACGGUGCGUGAGAAAGAGAGCAACUUAUAUGACAGCGAAAAAAAAAGAACAACAAGGAUAGAUAAAAAUCACCUGAGACAUGAAUAUAGGAAAAAAAAAAAAGAUAUAAGUUAGGAAAACGGGAAGAACUUUGCGCGAAUCAACUAUGUUGCCCUCGGAAUGCUGGCACUGAAACCCGCGCCGCGCGCAAAGCCGCCUGUAGUGUGGCCAUUUUUACUACAACUGUUAGUACAAUAACUAAUCCUGCAAUCGACGCUCGAAGGUUCGCAACAAACGGGAAAAACAGACCAAAAUCAAAAUACGAAAGAGAAAGGCUGGCAGAGGUACGCGCGUAUAUUGCGUACACACACGUUUCUUCAUUCCAAACCUCUGUUCGUGUUGAGUCUUGUCCUUUCUGGUUAGCUCCGAGUACCGGGUGAGGAUUAUCCAAGCCGGCCAAAAACACCGUUCGUUCGAAAUAUCGCUUGUCGCACCAGCUGAAAAGAAAGGUUAUUAUAAUUAGUUAAUUGUGCAAUAAAUCUAGAAGAGGGAUCCAGCAGUUCUCAGUGCGGGGUUCUCCCUCCCUGCCUCCCUUCCUCUCUCCGCCUAAAAAAGAAAAACACCUGCUACCAAAUCCCGUUGUUCGUUGUAUUCGUCGCCUUCGAAAACAGUUUGCGCCAUUGUGUAAGUGUGUCAUUAUUCAUUUCCUCCGGUUGCCUGGAAGUGUGAGUUAUCCCAAAUGCAGUUGAAUCUUAAAAAUCACUAAUACAGUUGACACUAUCUCUGCACAAUUAUUAUUCAGUAACGACAAGGAAGUUCUUCACCGAUCGACUAAGCGGUGCGUAGUUUAUCACCGGACGUGAGUUGAGGUCAGGUGAGAGUGACAAACGGACUCUGGACGAGUGCAAUGGCCUUGGAGCAGUGACUUGUAUUUCGAUCAGCAUCGUUGUGUGCGUGGAGGACAUUCGGCGCGUGGAAAAGUAAAAGAUAAAAACCAAGAAGGAGCGACGGCAUUAAAAACGGUCAGUGAUGGGGUCACCAGGAAGUUCGGCUUGCAAAGUCGGCGCGAUCAACAACAACUACAGAAACAGCAAGACGACAAGAGUCUGACCGCCGACAGACAGCAUUGUGGAACAACAAACAGCCGCUAACGCGGAGUGGUUCCUGCCAUAUGAGUGUACGUGUGUUGCCUAUAAUGGAUGCGUGCGUGGGUGUCCUGCCGCGAAUGUUGAAAUGACGGAUUGACGGAGUAGAGACUGACGCAUGUUGGAGCGUGACCGGAGGACCGAUUCUGUCCUGUCCGUUUGUAAAUGUGUGUGUGUGUGUAUGUGUGUUCGUGAGCAAGGGGUGCGCGCGUAACUGCGAGAAGUCAACGUUUAUGAGUUAAGUGUUAUAGGGACGACUCACUUGUAUAUGUCGACUCUGUAGAUUAUUGUAAACAAACUCGCGACACAGACAGCACCAAGUCAGUGUUCGUUGUGUAGGGGGGCGAGCAAAUAAACGAUAGUUGCCAGCUAGGAAAGCGAAGAGUCCCAUAAAGGAGACCCUGGGGACCCUCUCCAGCCAGUGGUCGGUCUUCGUUGGCGAUGAGGUGCGGGCUCCAAGUACCCUGGUGGUACUUGCCCGCAUCUUGCGCCACUUAGAAACCGGCUAGAAGAACAUCGAUGGCGAACGUCUGAGGGACGUGGCUGGCGAACGGAUUGAGCGCGACUUAGUAAUCGGUGGACAGCAGACAGGUGGUGCACUUGUUGGCACGGCCUCUUUCUGGCCCAGAAUCAGUGGCAGUCAUGCGGCUCCGGCUAACGGGUACAGCUUCAACAGGACGCCUGAGAAGCUACUCCUGUUCGUCUUCGGCCCGAGCACGGCAUGCUAGCUUCGGUGAAGGUGGCGACCCCAACGUAAGCGGAUGAGCUAGCCGGCCGCCAGGUCACUCGAGCUCGAACGUCAGUCGAUUGAGCCCGGGGCAUUGAUUGUGAGCUUACACAGCAACGGCAGCGCCUCGCGUAGCAGAGCAGCAGCAGCAACACCAGCAACCGCUACGGAAAAAGCAGCAGCAGAGGUGUUGUAUCGUGUUCGGGCAGAAAAAACGGAACAAGUCGAAGAGCGAAGGGGAUUGACAUCGUCGUAAUGAAACGAGUGGCCACAGUAACAGCGAAGACGAUAAAAAAGAAGACUCAAGAUAGAGACGCGACAAUUAGAAUCAAAGAGUGAAACCGAACGGAAAAAGGGAAACAAGGCGGAAAACCAUUUAAUACGGCAUACAGUACGAUAUACACGGUACGAGACCAGUUACCAGCAGUCCCCUUAUCGCUUAUGACCGCCUGCCGCCCAGGUUGCCUGCAAGCUCAACCGCGAAAGCCAUCUUCAAUUUCAACGCAUAGAACUAUUCCUAUAACCAGUCUACUAAAUAAUUACUAUCCAACUAAUCCACGAUAAUACAAUAAUACCCUACAACUACAAAAGGGGCGAAGCAGCGACCCACACAAAGGCACAGACCGAAGAUAAAUCAUUAUUUUCCGCUACGCAUUUACCUAAGGCAUACGGUCAGUAUACACGAAGUUCGUAGCUCACGCUCAAGUCACGCCAUACAACACACAGUAAACGUAACGACGACGAAGACAACAAUAAAAAGAAGAUACAAGCUCAAGUUGCUCCGGUCAAGAGUGUAUUUUUAGCAACAAACAUAUAACCGUCACAACAGCAGAUACAUCUACAGUAACGCGAACACCCACCUUAGACCUUCAUCGACAGUUAUACAUGAAUAGGGCGAAGCGAUGACGUCGAAGACAUAAUAGAAGUAUGCUUUUUCAAAAUAACACUAAGGAAAACGUAAGCCAUCCAACAACAGCGACGAUAGCAAAUAAAAUUUAAGGGGAUAUAUAGAAAGAACAAGCGAUACGUCAAGAAUAAUUGUGACAAUAGCAACAGCUACAAGUCAAAAAGGAAAAACGACCUAUUUCACCUUUUUGGUAGAAUAUUCUAUAUAUAUAUAUAUAUAUAUAUAUAUAUAUAUAUAUAUAUAUAUAUACACUAACUUUUAUUCCUCGAGUCAGAAGUGGUCUUCAGAAAAGCGAUUCAAAAAUCCCGCCUCAGGAUCGUCACCCGCCAGCGAGCGUCAACCCAGACAAACAACGUACAUUUUCCGCAUACGUAAUUCUGAUACGACAGAGUUUGAUAAAAGACGGGCAGACUUCAACAGCAGGACAGCAUUGAACAGAUUAACAAACAACAAAAAGAUAAAUUAGCCAAGUCUCAUAAAAAAGGAGACGCGUGCAUCUGUAUGCAUGCAUGCAUGUAUGUCUGUUCAGUAGGUGACUGUCUGCUACUUGACUGAUUCGAACGCCUAAUUAGAAACAAACAACUGACAACAGUCAAGACCCAACGAAGCAGCAGCUGUAUAUAAAAAGUAUACGAUAAAAUUUAUUGGAAAAGACAUUUUGAUUCUGUUUAAAUCGAAAAAGACAUAACAAUUGACUGUUUUCCCGACAAAUCAGUCCUCAUCGUUAUCAGCACUUGUGUCAAGCUCUUCGCUCAUAACUAUUGUUAUUAUAUUUACUCACUGCAACUUCAACUUCUUAACGUCAGACCACAGUUAACAGGCAACGAUAUCAACCAAGACAGUAUUCGUCGGACGAUCUAUCCGCCAACCAUCGGCAGCGCCAACUGAACAUAGAGGUAUAAGUAUUACAGAUAUUAUUAACGGAAUAGUAGCCACAGGCACAGCGGCGCCUACCACCUCCAGCAGUAGAAUCAGCUGCGUGGACACGUUGAAAACGCUGACGACGAGGAGGACGACGUAGGUUAAAGACAACACCAGUCGUCCUAAUUGUCAUCCCCUGUUGUUGAAGUUGCACUGGUCGUUCGCUCGCGAUUCAUCGCGGGCGGGUGAUUGGUUCGCGCGGCGGUUAACCAGUUGAUGGAUAUCGGCUAUAGCACAGGCUCACGUCAGGCUUACGAACAACAGGCCGCGGUUGCCCACCAGCAACAACAACAGACUGCGGCGCUGCAACAACAACAGCAGCAGCAGCAGCAGCAGCAGCAACAAAACAGCGGUCAACAACAACAACAGCAGCAGCAGCACGGUCUCCAGCAACAGCUGGUGCCACCGACUAUUUCAGUGACCGUGUCCGGCACAACCGGCACAACGGCGUACACGAACCCUCCGCCGCCGGUAAUUCCGGUGAAUCCCCCGCCUCCGGUACCCCAUCCCCCCAUGACCACCCUCAUCCAGGAACAGGCCCGUUACUCACACCCACCCGGUCACCGAUGGAUGCAACAAACCAAUGUCCCACCAGGAAAAUUCGGCGAAGAGAAAGCGUCCGCCUCCGAGGGUCCCGAUAUAUGUGCCUAUAUCCUAACCACAAUUUCGAUUCUUCUCAUUAUGAUGACAUUCCCGUUUUCACUUAUUUUUUGCAUAAAGGUUGUCCAGGAAUACGAGAGAGCAGUUAUAUUCAGGUUAGGUCGAUUGCUACGAGGAGGUGCUAAAGGUCCAGGUAUUUUCUUCAUAAUACCCUGCAUCGAUACCUACUGUAAAGUGGAUCUACGAACAGUGUCAUUUGACGUGCCUCCGCAGGAAGGCCAAGCGGACCCCUUCCGAGCGGAGUCGGCACCAGCAUACCUGUCUGCAUUCAUCCCAACAGAACCGCCUCCGCCGCUCGCCGAAGAUGUUUACUACGGGGUACCACCUCUAAAAAAUACAUAUGCAUGGAUUUUGUCCAAGGAUUCAGUGACAGUGGCGGUGGAUGCCGUGGUUUACUAUCGCAUCUCAAACGCCACCAUUGCCGUCUCCAAUGUGGAGGAUUACGGCCACUCGACGCGACUGUUGGCGGCCACUACACUUCGAAAUGUCUUGGGUACCAAAAACCUGUCGGAGAUUCUUUCCGAAAGAGAGUCGAUCAGUCACGUAAUGCAGGCGAGCUUAGACGAAGCAACCGACCCCUGGGGUGUCAAAGUGGAACGAGUUGAGAUAAAAGAUGUUCGUCUGCCAGUUCAACUACAGAGGGCUAUGGCGGCUGAAGCCGAAGCUGCCCGAGAGGCUAGAGCCAAGGUGAUCGCCGCCGAGGGAGAGCAAAGAGCCUCCCGAAGCCUGAAGGAGGCCGCAGAGGUGAUCGCGGACACGCCGUCAGCGCUGCAACUGCGUUACCUGCAGACGUUGGCGUCGAUUGCGGCCGAAAAGAACUCGACCAUCGUCUUCCCCAUUCCCAUGGAGCUCUUCUCCGGCUUUAUUGCUCAUGAUCAGAGACACGAGCCCCACAACAACGAUGGAGGGCCCAGCCCUCCUAUGGCGCCGCCGUUGGAGAAGAAGGAGCCGAUCGCAUAGCAACAACUAACCCCGGUCAGACGACUGCUGUUCUGGGCUCCCCCAGGGGGGCCCCGGAGGAUGUCGCUAGCUGCGCCCCCGCCAGCGUCCGCACCUCCGCCCCCUCCCAAGCUGUAAGACCGCGAAACAAAAUCGUGCCAUCAUCAUUACAACAUCACGAAUGAAUGAAAAGAACAUCAUCAACAACAACAACCAUUCAAAAUUCAUUACUCCUACCGUCUUCUUAGAUCUUGAAACCUGUAAAAAAAAAAAAAGGAAAACUACCACGGAGAAAAAUAAAGUGAGAAAGAAAAUAAGAAAAAAAAAGGAAAAAUUGACGAAACCUACAUUAAAAUUCAAUUUUAUGAGCCUCCGCCAUCAUUCAUGCACGCCAAAGCUUGAUAAGAAAGACAAUUUUAAUAUAAUAAUUACUCGAAUAUGAACAACCAUACACAACGCAUCAAAAGCAUUUAGACAUCUACAAAAACAAGAAGUUGAAGAAGCUCGUCACGAAUUUGAUCAUUCCAACCUGCUUGUUUUUCCCGGCUUCCUGUAAAGAACGAAAUUACCGGGUAAAAAAGGCGACAAAUAUACUAUAACAGCUACUUACAUUAUAACAGUUACUACGUCCCGGCUAUCACCAUCAAGCAUAUCCUACAAUUAGAAAGAUCGCCUAGGAAAAUUGUUAUCAUACACAGAUAACAAAAAUGCCUGGAUUGGUAACCACGAGCGUUGCAUAUGCCUGUUCAUAUCUCGUAUAUACCUCUAUCUAAUACUAGCAGUAAAAGGAAGUCAACACAGUUCCGGCAGGAACUUGUCGAAUAGGAACAACAACAAACGGCAGCUAAGUACGUCAUUACGAGGCAUUUUAUGGAUCAGCGUCGCGUAACGAUAAGAUGAUAAGACGAAAAAUUCAUAAGCGAAAAUGUCAUGUACCUCAUUAGGAAUUGAGACUACUGAUUAUUAUUAGUACGUCGCUGUCAGUAGAAAUAAGUCUUAAUGGCAUCCUUCAUCAACAGUCAACAGUACAUUCUGAAAUUUCUCUAAUUACUCGAAAAUGACUCCUAACCGUGGAUCGUUGUACUUAGCCCAUUUGGAUCGGAUUUUGAAUUUUGGCGGCAUUAUUAUUUCCGGCCGGCAGCCUGACCACCGAUUUGAAAAACGUAUUCACAUGGAUACCACACAGCGAAACACGGGCCGCUGGUGCAUUUGUGAAAACAACGACGAGCGACGAUAAACCCAGCGCCAAAAAAUCGUCCAUUGAAGCAGUUCGGCACGAAGGUGCCAUGUGUAACAGCGACCUGACACAUUACAAGAUGGAUGUUUAGAAAAACAGAAGCAGCGGCAACAAAGACAAAAAACUAUUGAAGAUGAUUUCAUGCAAUAUCUAUCCAUUGCAGUAGAACCAACGAAGACAAAAUCGCGCUUCGUAUCACUGCAAACAAAUGGCGCAGAAUCGGCACGAAAGAGAACACUUUGAAAAUUUUCUCCAGCAAGGAUCAGCUAAAGGAAUGAAACUAAAUAGCAACGCCCUGAACCUACCGUCGAAAUCCGUUGCUACUAAACGGACACCCUUUCUUUAAUCGCUUAACAACAGAGACAAUAGCUAAUGAAAUUUGCUGAGAUUCUCCGCGGCACCGAAAAUCCCUUAGACGUAUACGCCGGCGAACGGGGCAGGAGGAGCUUACGAGAGAAGCCAGAAUGCAAUCUACCUGAUCAGUAAACUAUAACGCCAUGAUGCAUAUAAACGAAAUCCAUGAAAAAAGCUUAAUGGACUAUUAAACGCGAUAAGUUGAGCUCGUCGGUUGACCAUAUGCGGACGCAUUGGCAUUUUGAAGCUUUACCCUAAGCAAUGACACUAUUUCCAGAUUGGAUAAGGACAUCAUUAACAACUAUAUGUGAAGUCUGAAAGCCGAAGCGGGUAAGAAUAGCAGCCAGGACUAAAACACGCGUAACGCACAUCAAAGUGUUUCGCGUACACGUGUCAUGAGGUGGGUUAACGUUGAAGCAUUCGAAGAUAGAAAUUCGAAGUGAAAGACUCGAAGUUCCGCAACUCAGCCAGCUUCCUUGUAGCAACGAAAAAUUCGAUGCUGAGAAGGGUCCUAACAAAAGGAAACCCUCACUUGUUAACACCGCCACUCCCGCGCCUGUAAUUUUUCCCUUCUUUUCACCGGUUACUGUACAGCUGAACAAGCAGUUACUACAAAUAUAUAUCAAAAUGAUAUUUCGGUUACGGCCAGUACCAUCAAGGCCAAUGGCACUGGUAAUUCGGUUGCGUAAGUGAAUUGCUCGUAUUUUUCAAAACAAAGCCAUGAAAAUUGAACGUUUUUGUAUAACCGCAAUAAUUAGAAAACUAUAUGUGAACUAAGAUUACAAACACGUUAUUGUUUAAUGUGAACGUCUGACGACUCGAGCAGUUCUGAUUAAAAUAAUCCUGAUGGACUUAUAAUUAAAAAAAAAGUGCCUGACUGAUUGAUUGAUGAUUGAUAUGAGAAUUUUUUUUUAUCCUGUAAGCAGUGCAAAUGCAAAACGCUAAACGCAGAUGUGUGUGCGCCUCCCUAUUUUAUUUGUGCAACUUACACAGUUUUUCCGUGUGUUUCAUGCAGGCACGACGAAUGAAUAAACACCCAUUUAAUAACCAAACAAAUAUACGCCACUUUCCCUCCCCUCGCGUCAACGAUGAUCUGAGAAUGUGGCCUCGCUCUCACCGAUAUAUAUAUAUCGUCGAGAGCAAGGCC